AUUGUAAUUUGGUCAGAAACUGAAAUAACUAAAUUUGGGGUCGUGCACGACUCUGACUUCCCUCCCUUUCUUAAAAAACUCCGUUAUUUCACUCGAUUUCCGAUCUGGCAUCUCCGCCACCACUCCUCAUCUUCCAGCUGCACCAAUGGCAGCAACACUGCGCCACCUCACCACCUCCGCUUCCAUCUCCGCCGUCCUCCUCCUGAUCUUCUUAGAGAUGGAGCUUUUGUGUCUGGUCUCGUCCAAUCCCAGCACCCCUGCCCUCAUUCUCCACUCACUCCCAGCCAUGGUCUUACCUCUCUACCACUCCACUCCAAAUUCGUCGUCCCGGACCUCAUCGUCGUCCAAUCCCCGGCGCCUCCUCGGGAGAUCGGAGUCCCUCAACCGCCCCAACGCCCGCAUGAGCCUCUACGACGAUCUCCUCCGCAAUGGGUACUAUACAACGCGGCUUUGGAUCGGAACGCCGCCGCAGAAGUUUGCGCUAAUUGUGGAUACUGGGAGCACUGUGACCUAUGUGCCUUGCUCUUCUUGCGAACAGUGUGGCAGACACCAGGACCCCAAGUUCGAUCCAGAAGGCUCAAACACUUACCAAGCUGUCAAAUGCAACAUAGAUUGCACUUGCGAUAAUGAGAGGGUGAAUUGUAUUUAUGAGAGGCAAUAUGCCGAAAUGAGUAGUAGCAGUGGGGUGCUUGGUGAGGAUCUUAUAUCCUUUGGCGAUCAAAGUGAACUACCACCUCAACGUGCAGUUUUCGGUUGCGAAAAUUUUGAAACUGGUGAUCUUUACAGCCAGCCUGCUGAUGGCAUAAUGGGAUUGGGCCGUGGCGAUCUAAGUGUGGUCGACCAACUUGUUGAUAAAAGCGUAAUAAGCGAUUCUUUCUCAUUAUGUUAUGGUGGAAUGGACAUUGGUGGAGGUGCAAUGGUUCUUGGUGGGUUUUCAGCCCCGUCAGACAUGGUCUUCACUCGUUCAAACCCAGUACGAAGUCCAUACUACAAUAUUGAUUUGAAGGAGAUGCAUGUUGCGGGAAAGCGAUUGCCUUUGGAUCCAAGUGUCUUUGACAGAAAACAUGGAACAGUCUUGGACAGUGGUACAACAUAUGCAUACCUACCAGAAGCAGCAUUUCUGGCAUUUAAGGAUGCUAUCAUGAAGGAGCUUAAUUCCCUCAAGCAAAUCCCUGGCCCUGAUCCAAAUUUUAAUGAUAUAUGCUUUUCCACUGCUGGAAGUGAUGUCUCCCACCCAUCAGACACCUUUCCAGAAGUUGACAUGAUAUUUGGCAAUGGCGAGAAGUUGACUCUAUCUCCUGAGAAUUAUUUAUUCAGGCAUUCAAAGGUCCGUGGUGCAUAUUGCCUGGGGAUUUUUCAAAAUGGAAAGGAUCCAACUACUCUUUUAGGAGGAAUUGUUGUCCGCAAUACUCUUGUAAUGUAUGACCGUGCGCAUUCCAAGAUUGGUUUCUGGAAAACCAAUUGUUCAGAGUUGUGGGAAAGACUUAAUGAAUCUGUUUCACCUCUACCAAUGCCUCCUGCUUCAGAUGAAAAGAAUUCAACUACAGAAGCUCCAACUGGAGCACCACCUUAUGUACUUCCAGGUGAACAGGAAGUUGGAAAAAUAACAUUUGAUAUGUCUUUGAACAUCAGCUACUCAGAUCUGAAGCCCCACAUUACAGAACUAGCUGAAUACAUAGCUCAGGAAUUAGAAGUUAACACAUCACAGGUCCAUUUGUUGAAGUUUACUACCAAUGGAAAUGAUUCCCUUGUUAAAUGGGCCAUAUUUCCUGCAGCUUCUACCGACAGUAUUUCUAAUACAACUGGGCUGGAUAUAAUUUCCAAGCUUUCCGAACAUCGUUUGAAGUUUCCUGUUAUGUUUGGAACUUAUGAAUUGCUCAGAUGGCAUGUUGAGCCUAAGGACAAAAGGUCAUGGUGGCAGCGAAAUUAUCUGGUGGUUUUAUCAAUUUUAGGAAUUCUACUUAUUGCAUUAGCAGCUGUUGGAUUUUGGUUUAUAUGGAGACAUCGCCAACGGACAGCCAAUCCCUACAAGCCUGUCAAUGUUGCCGUUCCAGAGCAAGAACUCCAGCCUCUAUGAAAAUCCGAGAGCUGUCCUUGCUCGUGGCUGAUGGCAUGGCACGUCUGCCAUUUGUAUUUUGAUUCACAUGAUAACCGAAACCAAAAUUCUGGAAUCACAAGUACUGGAUUGAUCAAGAUUCUUGCUCCAUGUGACGAAUCAUUCUUUGCAAUGCCCAUAAAACCCAGAUGGUAAAGAGAGAGGUAUAGGUAGAACAACUACUCACACUUUGGUUCUGUAAACAUCAUUGAAUUAGUGUGUGAAUCAAAAGUUUCCCGAAUAAGGUCCUUUUUCGAGCAGUUUAAAUUAUUGUUCUUGUCCUGUUCAUUUCUUCCGAUUACCUUCUAGUGAUACAUGUAGGUAUUAUCGUAUUCAUCAGGCAUCACUAUCAAUUUUUCCUUUUUGAUUAGAUGAAAUGUGUUAAGAACUCAAAGGAGCAAUGAGUGGAUUAUAUUUGCUAACCA